CGAAUUGACACAUCGCUUCCUAUGGCUAAAAGGAUGUGUCUAGCCCGCAAAACCUACGCAGGCCCUGAUGACCUGCAUCAAUCCCGGGGUCAUGGAUGCGAUAAAAAAUGCCUGGGACAUCGGACACUUUCCCCAUUUCGUCCAGAUGCUCUGCUUCAGCAACAUUGUCGUUCUUGUCGGGGCCAGGCAGCGUAAUAGGCAGGAGUUUGAUGAUGAGUUGAGAGUGAUAUGUGAGCGACUGGAGCUAAGGAAGCAGGAGUAUGACAAAGAGUGUAGGGAACUUGUGGGUAGAUCCGCAAAGAUCGAACGAAUCCUCCUCAGAAUAUGGGCUGUCUCUUAUACACAUCUAGAUGUGUAUAAGAGACAGGCCUGGGACAUCGGACACUUUCCCCAUUUCGUCCAGAUGCUCUGCUUCAGCAACAUUGUCGUUCUUGUCGGGGCCAGGCAGCGUAAUAGGCAGGAGUUUGAUGAUGAGUUGAGAGUGAUAUGUGAGCGACUGGAGCUAAGGAAGCAGGAGUAUGACAAAGAGUGUAGGGAACUUGUGGGUAGAUCCGCAAAGAUCGAACGAAUCCUCCUCAGAAUAUGGGCUGUCUCUUAUACACAUCUAGAUGUGUAUAAGAGACAGGCCUGGGACAUCGGACACUUUCCCCAUUUCGUCCAGAUGCUCUGCUUCAGCAACAUUGUCGUUCUUGUCGGGGCCAGGCAGCGUAAUAGGCAGGAGUUUGAUGAUGAGUUGAGAGUGAUAUGUGAGCGACUGGAGCUAAGGAAGCAGGAGUAUGACAAAGAGUGUAGGGAACUUGUGGGUAGAUCCGCAAAGAUCGAACGAAUCCUCCUCAGAAUAUGGGCUGUCUCUUAUACACAUCUAGAUGUGUAUAAGAGACAGGCCUGGGACAUCGGACACUUUCCCCAUUUCGUCCAGAUGCUCUGCUUCAGCAACAUUGUCGUUCUUGUCGGGGCCAGGCAGCGUAAUAGGCAGGAGUUUGAUGAUGAGUUGAGAGUGAUAUGUGAGCGACUGGAGCUAAGGAAGCAGGAGUAUGACAAAGAGUGUAGGGAACUUGUGGGUAGAUCCGCAAAGAUCGAACGAAUCCUCCUCAGAAUAUGGGCUGUCUCUUAUACACAUCUAGAUGUGUAUAAGAGACAGGCCUGGGACAUCGGACACUUUCCCCAUUUCGUCCAGAUGCUCUGCUUCAGCAACAUUGUCGUUCUUGUCGGGGCCAGGCAGCGUAAUAGGCAGGAGUUUGAUGAUGAGUUGAGAGUGAUAUGUGAGCGACUGGAGCUAAGGAAGCAGGAGUAUGACAAAGAGUGUAGGGAACUUGUGGGUAGAUCCGCAAAGAUCGAACGAAUCCUCCUCAGAAUAUGGGCUGUCUCUUAUACACAUCUAGAUGUGUAUAAGAGACAGGCCUGGGACAUCGGACACUUUCCCCAUUUCGUCCAGAUGCUCUGCUUCAGCAACAUUGUCGUUCUUGUCGGGGCCAGGCAGCGUAAUAGGCAGGAGUUUGAUGAUGAGUUGAGAGUGAUAUGUGAGCGACUGGAGCUAAGGAAGCAGGAGUAUGACAAAGAGUGUAGGGAACUUGUGGGUAGAUCCGCAAAGAUCGAACGAAUCCUCCUCAGAAUAUGGGCUGUCUCUUAUACACAUCUAGAUGUGUAUAAGAGACAGGCCUGGGACAUCGGACACUUUCCCCAUUUCGUCCAGAUGCUCUGCUUCAGCAACAUUGUCGUUCUUGUCGGGGCCAGGCAGCGUAAUAGGCAGGAGUUUGAUGAUGAGUUGAGAGUGAUAUGUGAGCGACUGGAGCUAAGGAAGCAGGAGUAUGACAAAGAGUGUAGGGAACUUGUGGGUAGAUCCGCAAAGAUCGAACGAAUCCUCCUCAGAAUAUGGGCUGUCUCUUAUACACAUCUAGAUGUGUAUAAGAGACAGGCCUGGGACAUCGGACACUUUCCCCAUUUCGUCCAGAUGCUCUGCUUCAGCAACAUUGUCGUUCUUGUCGGGGCCAGGCAGCGUAAUAGGCAGGAGUUUGAUGAUGAGUUGAGAGUGAUAUGUGAGCGACUGGAGCUAAGGAAGCAGGAGUAUGACAAAGAGUGUAGGGAACUUGUGGGUAGAUCCGCAAAGAUCGAACGAAUCCUCCUCAGAAUAUGGGCUGUCUCUUAUACACAUCUAGAUGUGUAUAAGAGACAGGCCUGGGACAUCGGACACUUUCCCCAUUUCGUCCAGAUGCUCUGCUUCAGCAACAUUGUCGUUCUUGUCGGGGCCAGGCAGCGUAAUAGGCAGGAGUUUGAUGAUGAGUUGAGAGUGAUAUGUGAGCGACUGGAGCUAAGGAAGCAGGAGUAUGACAAAGAGUGUAGGGAACUUGUGGGUAGAUCCGCAAAGAUCGAACGAAUCCUCCUCAGAAUAUGGGGGGUGGAUGACUCACACCUAGAAGGACGAUUCCGCGAAACUCGUGAGACGGCAUCACCGAUCACAGAGAGCCUACGUGGCACCCUCGGCCGCGGCCUAGGCCACGCGGCCGAGUUCGCGCGUGGCCGAGCCACGGCCAGUCGGACUACGAAAUGCGACGAUCUUGUGAUCGAAGCAGAAGAGAGGGAGGAGAUGGAGCGAGCCAUCGUGGCCAUUGCAACCACCAUGAGAAACUCCCCCCUUACGGACAGCCCGGCAGCUGACAGCGCUUCGGAACAGGACAGGUAUACAGCAUUCGCCCCCAUGACUUCCGCCUACUGGGUGGAGCACACAUCCACUGCAUUCAGACAUGCGAUCUGGAAGAUGGAGACGUUUAACCACGUUGCACAGAUCUCCAUCAGAGCACUCCAGUUCCUAGGCAAUAUCACGGACGCACAGGUAAAGGAAUGCAGGGCGCAGGUAUUGAAAAGUACGAACGUCAACACCUCGGGACAAAUGAUCACGUUGCCAACCGGACGAAGGUCUUGGAAGAGACAGCGGUCGGACUGCGAUGCAUUCCUACACUUGAGGUACACAAGCAGAGUGAUGGAGCCGCUCUCCAUCAGGAAGAUCAUCAAUGAGGUCCUGGCAAGGAUAAUCGUUGAUGAAACGGCGACGUGGCUGGAGCGAGCCAUGAUCGGCUGGACCUACAACACCAGUAUCGCCUCAAAACUAUGUAGCCCUAUGGAGGUUUUCUGCGACUUCGAUGCAUCGCAGUGGUUGGAGGCCUAUGACCCCGAGCGGUGUCCAGUGCAGAUCGCGCAAGCAUGCGGACAUGCGCAGCAACGCUUCGAUCACCCUACUCCAGUGCGAAGGGCAUACGCACGUGAUCACGUUGGACUCGUCAAUCACGGACAAUCCUCUUCUCCAAGGGAUCAUCAACUGAGGGCUGAAUCACAUCCCCUGUAUGACCCUAGACGUGGACAAGGCGGAGGGCGAGGUGGCCGGGCUCUUGGACAAGCUCAUGGCGGCGGUACUGGAACUGCGGGAACUCACGGCAUCCACACAGGCAUUUAUGCGGAGGAUAAUCCUGAAGAAGGCGAGGGCGAAAAUGACAAGCUAUAUAAGGAGCAGUACAGGCACGUGACCGCGCAACCUUCCGAGCAUCCGGUCGUCAAGCGUGAACUGGAGUUCCUCACCGGCUGAUUCCUUAUCUGCCCAACGGAUAAGGCUCCAAGCACUCCGACCUUCGUCUGCAAGAACUUCAUCCGGAAGCUCGCGUUUCAGAGGUUGUC